AUGUCCCUUGGACGCGCCUAUAGCGCGAUGAGUGCCCAUCUAGGCAAGACAGCUGCGAGAGAUGAGGAAGCAGCGCUGGACGAACCGAACGUUGGACAAGAGCAGACGCCGUCGGCUAGCUCUUACCGAAGACAACAGAGCCAAAGCAGCCCUGUCGACACAAGAACCCCCUCGAACCCCGCUUUUGAAUCAUCCACGGCGAUAAGAACCCCUAUGAUAGACAAGGCUGCAGAAGGCAAGCUGAAUUAUGAGGUCAAGAAGCAUUUAAAAGGCAUAAGCCGUGAGGAACGUUUCGCUGAACUGGCACAGAUGUAUCGAAACAAACAUGCAGCGCGAAAAGUCGAUGCUAUUAUCAUCGGGGACCAUGAAAAGAACAUAGAAGUGCUCAAAGACGAGGUGAUACGCCUAAUCCGCCUCGCUGAGGAGGCGGACGAGAGCAUUGUCGAAGAGCGACGAUGA